GACAAAAAUCAACUGCUGGGGCCCACUUUCCGACCUUUCAAAGAAUAGUCGCCGAGUAAAAAGACCGUCGCUCUCACAGCCCGUACAGCUAAGAAGAAAAUCUAGAGAGAGAGAUAUAAUCCCCGUCGGCGGUGGUAACGGACCUCUGAGUUUGAUCGGCUAUGGCUACCUCCUCCGACCGCGAGAACUUCGUCUAUGUUGCCAAGCUCGCCGAGCAAGCCGAACGAUAUGACGAGAUGGUGGAUGCUAUGAAAAGUGUGGCAAAAAUUGGUGUGGAAUUAACAGUAGAGGAGAGGAAUUUACUGUCGGUUGGUUACAAGAAUGUGGUCGGAGCUCGGAGGGCAUCCUGGAGGAUCUUAUCCUCUAUUGAGCAAAAGGAAGAGUCAAGAGGAAAUGAACAGAACGUGAAGAGGAUCAAAGAGUAUAGGCAGAAGGUAGAGAUGGAACUGUCCAACAUUUGCAGUGACAUCAUGACUGUUAUCGAUGAUCAUCUUAUCCCUGCUUCCUCUACUGGAGAGUCUACAGUUUUUUAUUACAAGAUGAAAGGAGAUUAUUAUCGGUACCUUGCCGAGUUUAAAACUGGUAAUGACAAGAAAGAGGUUGCCGAUCUUUCUCUGAAAGCAUAUGAGAUGGCUACUAGUUCAGCUGAAGCCGAGUUAGCACCUACACAUCCCAUAUGCUUGGGAUUGGCUUUGAAUUUUUCUGUUUUCUUUUACGAAAUCAUGAACUCUCCCGAAAGGGCCUGUCACCUUGCCAAACAGGCUUUUGAUGAGGCAAUUUCUGAACUGGAUACCCUGAACGAGGAGUCCUACAAAGACAGUACACUGAUAAUGCAGCUUCUACGAGACAAUCUCACCUUAUGGACUUCUGAUAUCCCAGAGGAUGCAGAAGAUGCUCUUAACAAAACUGGAGGUGGUGAUGAUGCCGAGUGAUAUGGCGACAAGUGAUACCUUCCAUUUGUCUUUGGAUAAGAGAGAAUGAGGAUCCACUGUAGGGGGCGUGUAUGUUUCUUAAGUUAUUAUUACAUGUACCUUAUUGUUGUUGCAACUUUGUAAUAGCUUUGCUUUGUCUUUCGAGUUGGGAGUCAACACUUUGUUUGAUUUGGCAUCGGCAUUCGUUUUUAUGUUUACACAGCAAAUGGUUUUUUAGUAUUCGAAAGAAUAUUGGUUUUGCAUGUUGGUGGUUUUGUUUUCACGUCCUGGCACAGAACUUUGCCUGUUUGCUUCUCAUUAUGCUUCUCAUUUAAACUUUCCAA